AUGUUUCUCCGCAUAGCACGAGAUAUAAACUCCUUUGACAGUAUUGAACCGUUACCAAAGCACUUUCAGUUCUUCCACAAAGGCACGAUAAAUGCUACAGGUCGUCCCGGUUUUAACAUUUUCCAAAAAUACACUUAUGCCAUACGCCAGUCAGCGUAUAGCUUUGAGGCUGAUGCUUUAGAUGAGUACUUGCCAAUGGCGCAAGAUACGGGUUACCAGUGUUUAGACCAGUUCUAUAAUUGUGUGAUACACCUGUAUCGCGACGAGUACUUGAGAAGGCCAACAAAAGCAGAUAUCGAACAGUUAACUGCUAAACAUGUUGAGAUCUGGCAUGCUUACUUUGGCCCUGCUUGUUCGAACAACGACAUCAACGUCCUUAAUGAAUCAGAUUUGUUUGACGAUUUGCUUCAGGUCAGGGAUCUUAGAGUGGAGUUUUCGGUGAAUGGCCGCCAGUCUGGAAAGGGAUAUUACCUAGCUAAUGGUAUUUAUCAAGAAAUGAGCGACUCUUGUGAAGUCGUUCAAGUGCCCAAUGUACCCGAAAACCUCCAAGUUCAAUAG